AUGCCUCCAGGAGCUGCUGCACUGAAAGAAAAGCUGGAAAGCGUGAAAGUAUGCGUGAGAUGCAGACCCUUCAAUCAGACUGAGAUUGAAAAGAAAUCAAAGAAAUGCGUUGAAAUUGAUAAGAAUCUCAAUCAAGUUAUUCUCACCAAGAACGAAAAUGAGCCUCCGAAGCCACCUUUUACAUUUGAUGCUGUAUUUGAUAUGGAUGCAACUCAACUUGAGGUGUUCCAAUCGACAGCCAAACCGAUCGUUGAAAGUGUUAUGGACGGAUACAAUGGUACUGUAUUUUGCUAUGGACAAACUGGUUCAGGAAAGACACACACAAUGGAAGGAAAGCCAGAACCGCCAGAACUUAGAGGAUUAAUUUACAACUCUUUUUGCAGAAUUUUUGAAUUGAUUGAUGAAGCACCGAAGGACAAGAAUUAUGUUAUUAGCGUGUCAAUGAUUGAAAUUUAUAACGAGGAAAUUAGAGAUUUACUUGUGCCAAAAUCCGAGGCAGGAAAGAAACUUGAACUGAAAGAAACGAAAGAAGGUGUUGACGUUAAAGCAAAUAAUAUUAUUGUAAAAGAACUCAAAGCAAUAGACAAAAUUUUAGCAAUAGGUUCAAAAAACAGAGCAAAAGGAGAAACGAAUAUGAACAAGGACUCUAGUAGAUCUCACUCAAUUCUUACAAUUAAGAUUGAAAGUACGGUUGAUGGCCUUGUUGACAAGAAGGUACAUAUUAGAGCCGGAAAGCUUAACAUGGUAGAUUUGGCAGGAAGUGAAAGAGCAGAUAAGACUGGUGCAACAGGAGACAGAUUGAAGGAAGGAUGUAAAAUUAACUUAUCAUUGAGCGCUCUCGGUAACGUUAUUUCUGCACUUGUUGAAGGAAAAGGAAAACACGUACCAUACAGAGACUCGAAGCUCACCAGAUUAUUACAAGACUCUCUUGGAGGUAACACCAAAACAGUCAUGGUUGCCAACUUUUCACCUGCUGAUUUUAACUAUGAAGAAACUCUUUCGACGUUGAGAUAUGCGGACAGAGCCAAACAUAUUCAAAACAAGCCCAAGAUUAACGAAGAUCCAAAAGAUGCCAUGUUGAGACAAUUAAAAGAAGAAAUUGAAAAUUUGAGAGCUCAAUUACAACAAACUCAGGCCCAAUCACAGGCUCCAGUUGUUGUUGGAAGUUCUACAACGACUGUUAUUGUGAGUGACAAUUCUCAGCCAAUGGUUUUGUCGGCAUCAGUUAACGAAGAGGAAUUAGAAAGAAUGAAACUUGAAAAAGAAAAGGAAAAACAAAAGAUCAUUGAAGAGAUGAAACAAAAGUCGGCAGAAGAGAAGAAGAUAUUGUUAGAGCAACAAAAGAGAAUUGAGGAAGAGCGUAUAAAGAUUGAAAAUGAGUUAAGAGCACGUCAUGAAGCUUUAGAACGAGAACGAAAACACAAACUUGAAAUUCAAAACAAGUUAAUGGAACUCCAAUCGAGAUUGGUACAAGGAGGUCAGCUGGAGCAAAUCAACGAAGAGCAAAGAGAGCAGCUCAUAAAACAAAAACAGGCAUUAGAAGAGAAGGAACGAUUGGAACUUCAAUUAAGAAGAGAGAUGGAAGAACAACAAGAAAAGAACCUAGUAAUGGAAGAGAAAUACACAAGCAUCCAAGAUGAGGUUCAAGUUAAAACCAAAAAGCUUAAAAAGCUUUGGUCAAAAUUCGAAGCAGCAAAGGCAGAAAUUUCUGAUUUGCAAAAGGAAUUCCAACAAGAAAGAGAGGAUUACUUGUACACUAUUCGACAAUUGGAAAGAGAGCUAAAAUUACGAACAAAAAUUAUGGAGCAUUUCAUUCCUGCUGAGGAAGUUAAGAAAAUUGAGGAACGAGCAGUUUGGGAUGACGAGGAAGAUGAAUGGAAAAUUCAAUCUGUGUUCUUAGCAGGAAAUCACCAAAGAAAAAAUCGACCCAUUUCAGCUUCAGGUUUAAAACGACCUGUAGCAUAUUCUGUCCUUGGAAAUCCCAAUCCACGUUACAAAGCUGAUAAUAUUAUUGAUUUACCGAUGGAAAUGCCUGAGCGAACAACUGAAGAUUAUCGUUAUAUGGAAGAGCAUGAACCAGUCUCUGUGUAUGCUUCCACAAACUUUGAGCCUGAGGUCACUUCAUCGGUUCAGAGAAAGUCUCGUCCUUCAUCUUCCAAUCCAACCAAAGUGUCAAGACCUAAAACAGACAAGAGGACUGCCCCCACCUCUGAAGAGUACCCUUCCUCAAGAGGGUUAGUAAGAAAGAAUUAA